CCAGGCCAAAUUCUCGCAUUUUCUCGCGUUGGUGGAGGCCUGGAGCGUCAUUAAUUUUAAACUGCGCAGUGUUAGCGGAGGCGCAUCUCUCGAUUGAAUUAGCUUUCUCUGCAAACCGACAAAUAUGUCAGAUAUUGUCCAGGAAAUUAUUGAACCCGUUGAGGCUGAAACAGAGGGAACAUCUCAGGAUGGCACGAAUGGCCUGAAAAUAGAGCCAGAAGAAGACGAGGUUCUUGGUGAAGAUGCCCCUGCAGAAGAAGAGGACCUAGGCCUGGGUGAUGACGAGGUCCUUGGAGAUGAGGUCCUUGGUGAUGAUGAUACCCCUCUAGAUGGUGACCCUAUCGAUGAUGCCCCUAUCAAUGAUGCCGAAACCCUUGCAGAUGACCCUACUGAUGCCCCUGCAACCGCCCCAAAUACCAAGUCUGAGCUCAAAGAAAAGAUGUCCGGAGGAGGCCGCAAAGGGAACCGCUUCCACCCCUACAAAGAGAAGCAGGUCACCGGGGACAAGAAGGGCGGAGGAGGGGGUCACAGGAACCGCGUGUUCAUUAGCAAUAUCCCCUAUGACACGAAGUGGCAGGCUAUUAAAGAUCUGAUGAGAGAGAAAGUUGGUGAGGUUACAUACGUGGAGCUCUUUAAGGAUGCUGAAGGAAAGUCAAGGGGAUGUGGUGUUGUGGAGUUCAAAGAUGAGGAGUUUGUGAAGAAGGCCAUAGAAGUCAUGAACAAAUAUGAUCUGAAUGGAAGACCCCUCAAUAUCAUGGCGGAUCCUGAUGGGGAGCGUGCUCGGCGCGUGCUGCAGCGUACAGGGGGGAUGUACCCUGGAGGGGGAGGCAGGGGGCAGGAGGGGGGACCGGGUGGUGUAGGUGUACCCCCUUCCAUCGCUAACAACCCCAACGUCCCCCAUGAGGUCAUCAGCUCUCUACGGGUCGGACGCCUAGGGACCACUGUGUUCGUAGCCAACCUGGACUUCAAGGUGGGCUGGAAGAAGCUGAAGGAGGUGUUUGGUAUGGCAGGAACAGUGAAGAGGGCUGAUGUGAAGGAGGAUAAGGAUGGGAAGAGCAGAGGGAUGGGGACUGUUACCUUCGAACAGGCCCUGGAGGCUGUACAGGCUAUCUCCAUGUUCAACGGCCAAAUGCUGUUUGACAGACAGAUGCAUGUUAAGAUGGAUGACAAGUCUAUGCCAGCUGAUGAUUUCCACCCGGUGGAGAAAGCUCCUCAGUUACCACGGGGUCUGGGGGGGAUUGGGUUGGGCCUGGGACCAGGAGGACAACCUAUCAAUGCCAACCGGCUGAGUGGUGGAGGAGGAAUGGGCAACAUGGGCCCUGCAGGUAUGGAGGGAGGACCUGGGUAUGGAGGGAUGAGCAGACUAGGAGGGUUCGGUGGAAUGGACAGCAUGGGGGGAUUCGGAGCCAGAGACAUGGGACGGAUGGGAGACAUGUCCUACCGGUCAGGGGGGAUGGGAGGAGGGAUGGACAGAGACUUUGGUCACAGUGACAUGUCCAUGAGCAGAGGCUUCGGAGACUCCUUUGGAGGAAUGGGAGGAGGUUAUGGAGGAGACAUGAGCAGUUUUGGCAUGGGGCCCAUUGGGGGAGGAUUAGGUGGUAUGGGCAGCCGGUCCAUGGAGCGGAUGGGCUCUGGCUAUGACCGUAUGGGGGGGGGCAUGGCCAUGAGCCGAGGGUUCGGGGGCUACGGAGGAGGAGCCAUGUCUGACAGAGCCAAGGGAGGAUGUCAGAUCUUUGUCAGAAAUCUGCCCUAUGACCUGACCUGGCAGAAACUGAAGGAGAAGUUCAGUGUCUGUGGCCAGGUGAUGUUUGCAGAGAUUAAGAUGGAGGGAGGAAAGUCUAAGGGCUGUGGUACGGUCAGGUUUGACUCCCCAGAGAGCGCUAACCAGGCCUGCGGGAUGAUGAACGGAACCAAGAUCAGCGGUCGCGAGGUUGACGUCCGCAUCGACCGCAACGCCUAGAGUCACACACAUACACGGUCACGACAACGGCUCGUUCCAUCUCAACUGCUUUUGUUUUGUUUUAAAAACACAUUUUCCACGUAUCCGCGUUUCCAUGACUAUUGGAUGUGUAUAAGAUCUGUUUUUCUUUUAAUCUUCCGUUGUUUUUUUUUUGUAAACCCCUUUUUAUUUUUUAUUUUUUGGGAUCAUGAAUUUAUUUGAAUGAAUAAACAUUUUAAUUUUU